GAUGUACAAGUACUUCCAUUAAAUUAAAUGUUGCUGAUCGGGUAGCAAUCUUCUUUACCCACGACAGUGCCUAACUCGUCAUUCCAUCCGUCGGCUAGGAAGAAAUUCCACAUUACGAAUAUUUUACGUACACUAAUUACGGAGGCGAUAAUUGACGCGGUACUUCACAAUAAUUCACGAGUGUUUGUUCUUUUAAAUUCCACGUAACAAUUCUAAUACUUCACACAUUUGGUGAUACUAUUGUCAUCGAAUUCAAUCACAACUUGAGUUGUUAGGUCGGCUCGUCACAAUUUACUAGAAUAUAGCGGUCUGUGACGUCACAAUGAAUGUUUUUGUGCCACUUCAACUGGCUGUUGUCUUCCAACUGUUCAACAUUGAACGCCGGAGCUCUUGGAGAGAAUCAGGUUGACCUCGACGCAAUGAAUAGAACUCUGUUCUUCAUGCUGGGAUCGAGAGUUCCAUCUCGCAGUCGAGGGUUUCUUCUGCGCGGGAGCUAUUAUUUCAUUUGGCCUAGGAGUGAGUGUUAUUUCGGAACGCACAAUAAGAUGACGCUGAUUGAGCAAAUACCGUUCUCAAAAGAUUUUUUAUUUCGACAAUUCUUCGAUCCAGUAUCAAGUACUUACACAUACCUAUUAGCUGACAUAAUGCGAAAGCAAGCGGUGCUGAUUGAUCCUGUUAUCGAAUGGGCAGAGAGAGAUGCUACAAUAAUAAAAGAAUUGAAUUUAGAACUGAUUUAUGCACUGAAUACUCAUAUGCAUGCGGAUCACAUAACCGGCACCGGAAAGCUGAAGACCUUAUUACCAGGUUGUCAAUCAGUUAUAUCAAGAAGUAGUGGCGCGAGAGCAGAUCUAUUUCUUGACCCGCAAGAUCGAGUCCAAUUUGGGAGACACGAAUUGUUGGCAUGUCCUACGCCAGGACAUACCGAAGGUUGUGUCACAUAUGUGUGCAAAGAACAAGGAAUUGCGUUCACUGGUGAUACUCUCCUAAUUCGCGGCUGCGGGCGAACGGAUUUUCAGGGCGGCUCACCACGUACUCUAUACAAUUCCGUGCACUCAGUGAUAUUCACCCUACCUGAAAAUUUCCGCCUGUAUCCAGCCCACGAUUACUCUGGGAGAACAGUGACAACAGUAGCUGAAGAACGCGCUUACAAUCCACGGUUGACGAAAUCUCUGGAUGAGUUCGUCAGGAUCAUGGAGAAUCUUAAUUUAGCAUAUCCCAAAAUGAUUGAUAAAGCUGUGCCGGCGAAUAGAGUUUGUGGUAUUUACGAGCUCAUGGAUAAAGACGCAGAAGAGAAGGAACAUUGAAAAAUCCGUCAAUGAUGUGUAAUAAUUUUUUUGAAUCAUGAAGAGAAGAAAUAAAACUUUUUGCAUAUA